AUGUCUAACUCGUCUUCGAAAGCUGACCACAUUUGUGUCCUGGUCCAUGGAUUGUGGGGGAACCCAUCUCACCUGGAUCAGGUAGCCUCUGCCUUGAGAGAGCGACAUGGCGAUCAGUUGCACGUCUUUAGUGCCAAGGAAAAUAGCGGGAAUUAUACCUACGACGGCAUCGAGCUGGGCGGCGAACGUUUGGCGCAUGAGAUCGAAGAGACAGUGGACGCCUUAAAAGAACAGGGUCAGGAGAUUAAAAAGUUGAGCGUUGUUGGCUAUUCUCUCGGCGGACUUGUUGCCCGGUAUGCCAUCGGAUUGUUGGAAGCUCAAGGCUGGCUCGACAAAGUGGAAGCUGUCAACUUUACUACGUUUGCCUCGCCCCAUGUAGGAGUCAGAGCUCCCCUCAAGGGCUGGAGAGGAAAAUUCUGGAACGUGAUGGGAGCUAGGACUGUCUCCGUGUCUGGACAACAGCUGUUCAUGGUGGACUCCUUCCGAGAUACUGGCCGACCCUUGCUCAGCAUCCUGGCAGACCCUGAUAGCAUUUUUAUCAAGGGUUUGAAGCGAUUCCAGACCCGAAGUGCUUAUGCCAACAUAGUGAACGACCGCACAACCGCGUUUUACACAACUGCGCUUUCAAAAGUCGACCCUUUCCGAGACUUGGACAAGAUCAACAUCAACUACGUCGAUGGCUAUGAACAAGUGAUCAUCGAUCCACAUGUCUACCUGCUGCCUUCUACAACAGCUGAGGCAGAGUCGGCAGCUUUGAACGCAUGCGAAAAGCACAAAGCAUUUGCCAAGGAUGCGCCUUUCUGGAUGCUCAUACUCCUUCUCAUCGGUCCCGUUUCAACAUUGUUUCUUAUCAACUCCGCCAUACAGACCUUCCGUAGUCAGCGGAGGAUCAAACUCCACGGUGAAGGCAAAAAUGGACUUCGCUUUGGAAGAUACAAGGUACCUUUUCUCAUAAGAGAUGCCCAAUAUGCUCUUGAGGAAGCAUUCGAGAAGGUCAAUAAUCGACAGGAGCCAGCCUAUCUUUCUAGCUCUGACGCCGAACAGUCUGACGCAUCUACAGCGGAGUUUUCAAAGUCUUCCAGUCCAAGCAAGCCCGACAAGGGCACACAGUCCUCCGAGACUUUCCAUGCUGCCAACUCAACGCAAAAUCAUCCAAAACUGGCAUUGACGCCUGAUCAGUUUGCUAUCAUUGAUUCACUCAACGAUGUGGGCUUUACGAAAUAUCCCGUUCAUAUCCACAACCAUCGGCACAGUCACGCUGCUAUUAUUGUUCGCUCUCCAAAAGAUGGGUUUUACGAGGGCAAAAUCGUUAUAAAGCAUUGGCUGGACCAGGAAUUUGUGAUUUGA